UGUUUUGGCUGGCUCGCUGAGUCUGCAGUGCAGUAGAGGAAGGAGAGCACGGGCGUGGGCUGCACUUACAGGAGAGAUUUGUGCAAAGACUGAACAACUGCAAGCGAAACGGCGACAGAAACAGACAAGGCGUCGGAGGCGUGAGAAAACCGCAGCUGGUUUUUAUUUCUGUGCGCUGCUGACAGCUGGGAACGAGCCAUCCUGCUCAGGCCAGGAGGCGGAUUGUUCCGGCAGCACCGCUCCAUGGCGAGUCUUCUGCGUGUGGUGGCUGCCAGCUGCUCCAGCCCGGUGCUGUGUGGACUGGGCUCUGGCCGGCUGCAGGCUGCCAGCGCUGCCAGGACCGCAUGCCAGCGCUACUUCAGGACCCAGCAGCGCCUUGCCCGCUGCGCCAACCCAGGCAUCCCGUACAAGCAGCUGACGGUGGGUGUGCCCAGAGAGGUGUUUCAGAAUGAGCUGCGGGUGGCGCUGUCCCCAGCCGGGGUGGAGGCCCUCAUCAAGCAGGGCUUUAACGUGGUGGUGGAGUCCGGCGCCGGGGACGCCGCCAAAUUCUCCGACGACCACUACGCCCGCGCCGGGGCGACCAUCAAGGGCACGGAGGACGUGCUGGCGUCGGACGUGCUGGUCAAGGUGCGUGCCCCCGUAUUCAACCCUGCGCUGGGGGUGCACGAGGUGGAGCUGAUGAAGGAGGGGGGAACCCUGGUGAGCUUCAUCUACCCGGCCCAGAACCCCGAGCUGAUGGAGCAGCUGUCCCAGCGCCGGGCCACUGUGCUAGCCAUGGACCAGGUGCCCCGCGUCACCAUCGCCCAGGGAUACGACGCCCUGAGCUCCAUGGCCAACAUCGCCGGCUACAAGGCCGUGCUGCUGGCUGCGAACCAUUUCGGCCGGUUCUUCACCGGGCAGAUCACCGCCGCCGGGAAGGUGCCCCCUGCAAAGGUGCUCAUCAUUGGAGGGGGAGUGGCAGGUCUGGCUGCUGCAGGUACUGCCAGGGCCAUGGGGGCCAUCGUCAGGGGGUUCGACACAAGGGCGGCCGCUCUGGAACAGUUUAAGUCCUUGGGGGCGGAGCCUCUGGAGGUGGACGUGAAGGAGUCCGGGGAGGGCCAGGGCGGCUACGCCAAGGAGAUGUCCAAGGAGUUCAUCGAGGCCGAGAUGAAGCUGUUCGCCAAGCAGUGUCUGGACGUGGACAUCCUCAUCAGCACCGCGCUCAUUCCCGGCCGAAGGGCGCCCAUCCUGAUCACCAAGGAGAUGGUGGAGACCAUGAAGGACGGCUCGGUGGUGGUGGACCUGGCAGCCGAGGCGGGGGGGAACAUCGAGACCACGGUCCCCGGGGAGCUGUCCGUGCACAAGGGUGUGACCCAUGUCGGCUACACGGACCUGCCCAGCCGAUUGGCCACACAGUCCAGCACGCUGUACUCCAACAACAUCAUCAAGCUGAUCCGGGCCAUCAGCCCGGACAAGGAGAACUUCCACUUCGAGGUGAAGGACGUCUUCGACUACGGCACCAUGGACCACGUCAUCCGCGGCUCGAUUGUCAUGAAGGAUGGGAAGAACAUUUUUCCGGCACCGCAACCCAACAACGUCCCGGUGGCCGCGCCUCCCAAGCCCAAGAGCGUCCAGGAGCUUGAGGCCGAGAAGAAGGCCAUCAUUUCCCCUUUCAGAGCCACGCUGACCACCGCCGGCCUCUACUCCGGAGGACUGGGGACCCUGAUGAGUUUGGGGAUCGUCGCUCCCAACGCGGCCUUCACGCAGAUAGUGACCACGUUUGGGCUGGCGGGGAUUGUGGGAUACCACACAGUGUGGGGCGUCACUCCAGCCCUGCACUCCCCCCUCAUGUCCGUCACCAACGCCAUCUCAGGUCUGACCGCUGUGGGGGGCCUCUCUCUCAUGGGGGGUGGGUACGCCCCCAGCUGCACCGCUGAGACCCUGGCAGUGCUGGCUGCUUUCAUCUCCUCCGUCAACAUCGCAGGUGGGUUUCUGGUCACGAAGAAGAUGCUGGACAUGUUCAAGCGCCCCACCGACCCCCCAGAGUACAACUACCUGUACCUGCUGCCGACCGGCGUGUUCGUAGGGGGCUACGCUGCUGCCCUGAACAGCGGAUACAACAUCGAACAGAUGAUGUAUCUGGGCUCUGGGCUGUGCUGUGUGGGCGCGCUGGCGGGUCUUUCCACCCAGUCGACGGCGCGGCUGGGGAACGCUCUGGGCAUGAUCGGGGUGUCGGGGGGCAUCGCUGCCACCCUGGGGGCCCUGAAGCCCUCCCCCGAACUGCUGGCCCAGAUGAGCGCUGCCAUGGCUGUGGGAGGCACUGCUGGUCUGACCAUCGCCAAGCGGAUCCAGAUCACGGACCUGCCCCAGCUGGUGGCGGCGUUCCACAGCCUGGUGGGGCUGGCCGCCGUGCUCACCUGCGUGGCCGAGUACAUGGUGGAGUACCCCCACUUCGCCACCGACCCCGCCGCCAACCUCACCAAGAUCGUGGCCUACCUGGGCACCUACAUCGGGGGCGUCACCUUCAGCGGCUCGCUGGUGGCGUACGGGAAACUGCAGGGUAUGCUGAGCUCCGCCCCUCUCAUGCUGCCCGGUCGCCACGCCCUGAAUGCCACUCUAAUGGCUGCCAGUGUGGGGGGGAUGAUCCCCUACAUGCUGGACCCCAGUUACACCACGGGGAUAACCUGCCUGGGCUCCGUCUCCGCCCUCUCUGCUGUCAUGGGUCUGACCCUCACCGCGGCGAUCGGGGGUGCAGACAUGCCGGUGGUGAUCACGGUGCUGAACAGCUACUCGGGCUGGGCUCUAUGUGCCGAGGGCUUCCUGCUCAACAACAACCUGCUGACCAUCGUGGGGGCUCUGAUUGGCUCGUCCGGCGCCAUCCUGUCCUACAUCAUGUGUGUGGCCAUGAACCGGUCUCUGGCCAACGUGAUCCUGGGGGGCUACGGGACGUCCUCCACGGGGACAGGCAAACCCAUGGAGAUCACCGGCACCCACACAGAGGUCAACGUGGACCAGACUGUGGAAAUGAUCAGGGACGCCAGCAACAUCAUCAUCACUCCAGGUUACGGUCUUUGCGCUGCCAAGGCCCAGUACCCCAUCGCUGAGCUGGUGAAGAUACUGGCGGAACAGGGCAAGAAAGUCCGGUUCGGAAUCCACCCGGUCGCCGGGCGCAUGCCGGGGCAGCUGAACGUGCUGCUGGCAGAGGCGGGCGUGCCCUACGACAUCGUCCUGGAGAUGGAGGAGAUUAACGAGGACUUCGCUGACACGGACCUGGUACUGGUUAUCGGGGCGAACGACACGGUCAACUCCGCAGCCCAGGAGGACCCCAACUCCAUCAUCGCUGGGAUGCCUGUCCUGGAGGUGUGGAAGUCCAAACAGGUGGUGGUGAUGAAGCGGUCUCUGGGCGUGGGCUAUGCCGCUGUGGACAACCCCAUCUUCUACAAGCCCAACACCGCCAUGUUGCUAGGAGACGCCAAGAAGACCUGCGACGCCCUGCAGGCCAAGGUCCGCGAGGCCUCCUCUUAGCCCGGAACCUUCCGCCCGAGCCCGCGCCGCGGCCAACCGCGCCGCGCACUGAGCACGUGCAGAGGGAGGAGCGGGAAACAGAACCGCAGACUCCGCCCUCACGUCUCCUGGCAACCCCCUUCUCCCCCUUAUUCGAUCAUUUCAAACGGUAUUUUUAUUAUUAUUAGCUGCAAUAUUGCGAUUAUUAGUUUUUAGGUACUAGAUUAACAGACACUUAGUUCAGCUAAAAUUGGCAUCAUUUUUACUCCAUUAGCAAAAAUAAAUAAAUGAAUUAGACUGCAAGGGCAGGUUUUUUAUAUAGACUCUGGUCUUGGUUAAUGUACCCUAGCAGUUCUGUUUGUAAAAACUAAAGGGAGCACUCACUCGUGUCUGAGCGUCGUAGGACUAUGAAGUUUUUUGGUAUUUUAAUGCUCUGAAAAGUCGUAGAUGACACGACCAGUCUGGUUCGGGAUCAUGUCACUUUUUGUUUUCCUGAAUGUAGUAUUUUGUGAAUCAGUGCAAUCUGACGAUGUUACGCGUAGCUGUGUCCUUGUUAUGGCACAGAAACUUGAGCAAUACCUUCGAUUCCAAUAUUCCUGGGGGUUCCCUCUUGGUUUUACAGUAAUUUGAAGGAUUUUGAGAUCAGAUGAAGUAUAAAAACAAAAAGGUAGUUCAUUUAGGAGAAGAAAACAUUGCGAAGAACAGGGAUUAUUGGCUUAAUAUUCAGUUGCAACUUUUAGGUUUUGCAUUUAGGAUUUCAUACUGUAGAACAAAGCUACAUUUUUUUUGUGAGGAAAUGUUCCCAGAUAGUAUUAAAAAGCUGAUUACUGUAAAUUUGAGGAAAUCACAUUAGUUUACGCUGCCCUUCCUGUCACCUGGGAGACGAGAUGUGUGCAGUUUAGUCAUCUCUGUUUUUACAAACGGUUUCAAACGCACCGAUGUCCACACCGGGACCAGACCACGACCGAGAGAACCCGCCCACCGUUUCCAUUUCCAUGACAACAGCCCUACCUCUCCUACGCUCUUAACCCGACCAACUUCCUCUUCCGUGGGUUUACGUUAAAAUAUUCCGCGUCCUGCUUCUGUGCGUCCUGCGUGGGUGUGUCUCUGUGCUGAGCUGUGGGAGCGGCCUGUUCCCUCUCUCUCUGACGUUUAUCCAUUCCACUCCUACCUGUGAAAAAGACCCCUAAAAGGCUCACCUGUAGAAACAACCUCUAAAAGGCUCACCUGUAGAAUCGACCCCUAAAAGGCUCACCUGUAGAAACGACCCCUAAAAGGCUCACCUGUAGAAUCGACCCCUAAAAGGCUCACCUGUAGAAUCAACCCCUAAAAGGCUCACCUGUAGAAACAACCCCUAAAAGGCUCACCUGUAGAAACAACCCCUAAAAGGCUCACCUGUAGAAUCGACCCCUAAAAGGCUCACCUGUAGAAACAACCCCUAAAAGGCUCACCUGUAGAAACAACCCCUAAAAGGAUCACCUGGUUCUUCCUCUGCUUGGACUGACUCAUGGAUCACGCAUUUCAUUCGUUUUUUCUUAAUUUUAUUUUCACCUGUUUGAGGAGAAAAGACGGGACCUGACAAAAGGGAUGAAACGUAGGGACAGACGGACUGAGCUUCCAACCCUCCAGUCCCCUCAGAGUAUUUUUAUAUAGAAAAGUCCCUCUUUGUGCAGUACUUUCAUUCUUUAUUACCUGUAUUUGUAGCAAAAAAAAUCUAAUCAAAAUGGGGGGGAGAAAUGCCUUUUAGACAUUUCUGUUUUCCAUGGUGGGGAGACAUGAAAUAAUGUGACUGUUUUUCUCUGGUUGGUCAUGGAACAUUGCCCUAAAUAAACUACCCGGUAAUGCU